AGUUAGCUUACAAUUUACAACUUCAGAAUAAAAUUUUACCGAAAUAAGUUGUUGGAAUCUUGAAAUUAUCAUUGAACAGACUACGGAUCGAUAAUUUGAUAUUCUGCUACUCGCAUUGAAUUUUUUCAUUCUUAAUUUCACCCUUGUUUUAUGAAUACUUCUUCGGAGAGCGAUCCGCGCACCACUUGUGGAAUCGAGCAGCUUGUGAAUCCGUGAUUAUUAAGACGGAGUACAGUACUCGUAGUUCAUUUUAAGUGUUAUUCGGUUCUUUUGUAUCAGCUUUGAUUUAUUCCCAAAUGGCCGGGCCAGUCGCGGACCAGCAACGCCAGAUUGCGGCGCUGACUGAACUUCAGAACAUUAAACAGAAAUUUGAGAAUGAUAUGACACUGCUGACGGAUUCCAUCCAGAAAUUGCAAGCGGUCCAGCAACAUUUUCUAGCUUCACAGGAGACUACAAAGCAGCUGGAACAGAUAGGAAACGGGGAGGAACUGCUCGUCCCUUUAUGUGAUGGGCUCCUAGUACGAGGUAAAACGGUGGAUUGUGGAACUAACCUUGUAGAUAUUGGCGCUGGAUACUUUGUGGAAAUGAGUCAUGAAAAAUGUAGAGAACACUUUAAGCGGCGUAUUGAGUUCAUCAAUGUGCAGUUGACUAACCUCCAGAAACUCGGACAAGAAAAGCUUAUGAAUCGUCAACAUGUCAUGGAAGCAAUGCAGAAGCAGAUGGCCCAGAUGCGGUUAAAUAUGCCCAAACCAACGGCACCAUCAAGAUAACUGUUACUCCUACUACAUCACUGAUCUGCUAUGGGAUGACAGAAUUUAGUUGAUUAUAAUUUGUUUCCUGCUUUCAGUUUUUGUUUGUUUGUUUUUCUUAGUAAGGUUUUUAGUUUCUGGUACGAAAACAUGAAUUAUUGCAAGGUAACGGGAAAAUUCGUAAUUACGUCAUGUACUUCGGUGUCGUACCACUGGUACCGUGGUACGUACUGGAAUUAAACCGGAAAACAUCUUGGCAA